CCAGCAUAUUAAAAAAUAUUAUUUCUUUUGACAGCCCUUAUGAAAAUAAUGCGAAAAUAUUCCAUCUUUUUUUGGUUUUUCUGGAGAAAAAUGAGUAAAAAUUGAGAAGUAAUGCAUAUUUUUCAGUGCCCAGUUUCAGUAAUGAUUCAUUGCUUCGUUUUCAUCGAUCAAAAGGGCAGUCUUUGAUUCGUAUAUAUGCAUACGCAAUAGGAAGGGAUACAGAUUUAGAAUUCAUAUAUUUUGUUUUGAUUUUUAAGAAUAAAUGUCUGAAUUGGUGGCUCGAACUGGUCGGCUGCAGCAGCGUUACGAGAAUGGUUACCGUCUCAUUGCUGGGUGUAUUCCCUUCAGAUAUAGGAAUGCGGAAGAAGAUGGUGAUGGCAACUCUGAGAAGAUAGUUGAAGUACUAAUGAUUAACUCCACCAGUGGACCUGGUCUUCUGUUUCCAAAGGGUGGGUGGGAGAAUGAUGAAACUGCAGAGGAGGCAGCAGUUAGGGAAGCCAUGGAAGAGGCUGGAGUUCGAGGGGAUUUAGUGCAUUUCCUUGGAUGUUAUCCUUUCAAGAGCAAAACGCUCCAGGACGAAUACAGCCCAGAAGGUUUGUGUAGAGCCGCUAUGUAUGCUUUGCACGUGAAGGAAGAGCUCGAUUCGUGGCCUGAAAAAAGCCGCCGGGAGAGAAGUUGGCUAACAGUUCCUGAAGCCAUCGAAAGUUGCAGACAUGCAUGGAUGCGGGAUGCUCUUGAAAAAGGUUUCUCAAAUUGGUAUGCUGAUGGUAUGAUCCCCACAUUGCAAAGAAAGGGUUUCCCCAAUUCGUCAUCCAAUCAGCAUUGAAAUUCUUUAUAGAACCUCUAGCUUAUAUGGUACCAUGUCAAGAUGAUUCUAUGACUUGUUUGAUUUAGUCCUUACAUUUCCUUUGGAGGACUAGGAAGUGAGUAAGAUGCAAAUAGUGGUGGUGUUAUUAGGUGCUUAAAAUGUUGUUUCGUGACACCUUUCUGGGUUCUUUAAGCUUUUGUCUCUUGCUCUGUCUCAAAAGAGAAGGAAGAAGAACCAGAGGCGCAAUCUUGCAAAACAAAAAUGUAUUGCAAAGGAAAUCAAGAAGGGUGAAAAAUUUGCCUUUCUUCAUCACAUCAUUUUUGACAA